AAGUAUACUUUUAUAUUGCUUGACAGGUAUAAGUGUUGACUUUGAAAGCAUGAUAAAAAGACUGGAAAAAAUGGAAGAAGAAGUGUCCUCAUUGAAAAAUGCAACAAAAGAAAUUCAAGAAAAACAAAAAACUUGUGAUGAGAAAUUAAAGGAGCCUUCAGUUCCAAAGAAACCUUUUGAUAAAGUUUUAAAUGAUGUCAAAAUCCUGAAAAAAAAUGCUGAUAGGUUUCAAAAUGAGGUUUCAGACCAGCACAAAAAUGUUGACAAAAAAGUUGAUACUCUGCAUAACAUGCAUUUGAAGUUUAAGAAAAAAAUUCACGAAAGAGUUAACAAAAUUAAGGAAACGAACGGAGACAUUUCAUCAAGUAUUGAUCAUUACUUUGAAACUGUAACAGAAUUUGAUUCUAGGUUAAAAAGUUUAGAAGAUAAAAAUAAGUCUGUGAAUGUCUCAGUGAAUGAACUCAAUAAACAGAUCAGCUCUGUUAGAACUUGUAGCAAUGACGCCCUUAUGUCUAUACAAGAUUUGUCAAAGAGCGUCGAGAGUACAAAUCAACAUUAUAAUGAAAUGUCUGAUAAAAUGAAUCAAAUGGAAAUCUCAAUCAAUCUCAUGUCAGCUCAGUACACAGAGCAGUUGGAAAAUAUGAAAAGUCACAACCAAGAUAAAUUUGAAGAUUUGGUACGUAGUGGAAUGUUAUAAUUAUCUUUUUAACUGUUCAAAAUAUUGUAAAGCUAUGUUUUAGAAAAAAAUAUAAUUUUUACAAAGUUUUUUUAAAAGAAACAUGCUCAAUCUAAACAAUAAAUGUAUAUCAUUCACACGAUGUAGCAUGGGAAUUUUGGUUUUCUGAAAAUUUAUAUUUUUCGUUAUCGUUAAACUAAGUGAAAACUUUAAUCAGGUGGAAAGGGGAUGUGGUUGCUCCAUGAUCUCAUAACAGGUCCGUUUACUGACUUUUGGAGGCCCCCCCCCCAGACAACUUUUUUUUCCUCCUUAAAGUAAAUAUUUUUUUUUGUUUAGACCUAACUUUCAGAACCUUAAAAAGCGUACAUUUGACUUAUUCAAUUUUCUGAGUUUGGUCCCUAAGGACGGCAGGGAUUGCAGCCCCCCCCCCCCGUGAAGGCUCAGCCUGCUACACAAAACAACAUAGGACAUCUGUCAAUGCUCAGUCUGCACGCGUCCGUAUGGAUGCUACACGUAGCUUUGUCUUUCGUCAUCGCGGCUUUUUAACCUCGCCUGUCUAAAAUAGCUGUUUUGGUACUUUCCUAAAGAUUUUUUUUAUACUUCCCUAAAUUUCUUUUUCACAUUCCGUGCAUUUGCUCCCGGGACCAAGCUUUGCUAAAACGGAACGAGGGGCGCAUUUUGAGAUCGCUUUACUCUCACAGAAACAACAUAUAAAACGCUACGAGGGAUACAGUUGGCAAUCCAAAAGUUGGCCCAUUUUCAUAACAGCUUUUUAAAAGUUACCUUAAAUUUUGGAUUAAGUUACCGUUUCAAUCUUUACCAAGGGUUGCCCAGACGCUUUAUUAGACGUGUAUUUGAAUUUGUUAUGCCCACCCUGUAGAUUUUGAAUUACAAGAACUUUUCAGAGAAGUUCUAAUACUGGAUGAAGAUAAUAGUCUAUCAGUGUCUAAUCAAAGGAAAAAAAAUAGCAAAAAAAAAAAGACUGAAAAAAAACCCAAAACCAUGUUUGGACAAAAUAUCAACCCUUGUAUGAUAAUCGACAUGCAUUAAUAAAAUAGAUCAAGCAUGUAGCUUCAGUAGGUCAGAUCAAGCUACUCACAGAAAACCUGACGAUGCAUCCAUUUCAUCACUUGCGUGUUAACAGUCGAUAAUAGACUUGAUUGGUUUGACGUGUACUGAACUUUAUGAGACUUCUUAUAAACAGACGUGCAGAUCUAGGAUCAUUUGGACUUUUAACUUCGGGUUUACAGUUCAAUCGUCCCUAUACUUUGGUUAAGCUUUUUCAACAACUUUUUCCAAUUUGCAUCUCUCAUUUGUUAGAUUUCAACACUUUUCCAGAAAACCGCGUCGGAAAAAAAAACCGAUAGUUACUUGAUAAAAGAUAGUAAGGUUUAACCUGAAAAAAAAGAAACGCAACAAAACAACGAACGUGUCGACAGGAAGCUUUCGUCAGCGAACAAACAGAAAAAAACAGAAUGCCAUUUAAAAAUAGCACUUAGAAUAAAAGUAGUAUCGGAGAUGGCAGCAAACGAAUUGUGGAAUAACUCAGUACCAUUUAUCCGAUUGCGAUAAAACUUUGUGAGUUGUUGUACAAGCGCCGGCAAAUGUUUCUAAAUUAUUACAUACAUUUUACAAUAUUCCGUUUUGGGCCCCGUGGUCCAAAAUUCGUUUUUCCUCCUUUUAUGAGCUCAGUAUAAUUUCCGUAUGCCUUCCUAUACCAUUUAUCCGAUUGCGAUAAACUUUGGUAAGUUGUGCGCCCGCCACAAAGAUUUCUGAAUUAGGUUGCCCAUCUUGAAAUAUUCCAUUUUGGGGCCGAGGGCUAUACAAAUAUAAUUUCAAACUGAGCUUUUGCAUGGUUUGAUUGAAUUGAAUCAAUACAAGCGAAAUUUCAGUUUGAGUGUAACACAAUAAGUAGGUUUAUGAAUUAGUGCAACCAUUUUACAAUUGUGUGUUUGGGGCCAGGGCCGUAUUAUUUAUUUUUUAAUUUGUUGUAAUGAGACCUAUAUAAAUAUAAUUUCAAACAAAGCUACUGCAUGGAUGGAUCAAUCGCUAAGAGUGUCUGGACUAAAUUUUGAAAAUCCAUGCUUCUCACGUUGACAACUGUAUGCUCCCUGCUCAUGUCGAAAAACCUUCUAAUUUGUUCAUUUCGGUACGCACCAGAAUUGGAAACAAAAUUCUGUUUAAAAAUUACUUUAAAGAACGUAUUUAAACCCAUUUACAUUUUGUUCUUCGUGUAGCAUUGCAACCUAUGCCGAGUUCUCGCUAGUAUAUAAAUAAACAAAAAAAACAAAAGAAAGCAACACAACUAACUCUUUUUUUAGCAUGCACUUUUUUUUUCCUUUUGGGUUUACGGGAACAAAUCUAAAAAAUGCAUUUUAUUUUGUUUAUAUUUCAUCGACAUUUUAAACUUUUUUUUUUGUCCAUUGUAAAAUAAGAAAUAAUUUAACUGUUUUUUCAGAUUGGUGUGGUUUGUCAACUGGUCGUUAAAAGAUUGGCUCCAAUGGAAGUCCUAAAGAAGGCUCUAAACACGGUGUCGACCACAAAAGCACCACUGACGUUAAAGGUAAUUAAAAUUGCAUUACAUUGAAUUGGUGCAAAUGAGAGGGGGACUUUAGCAGCAUGCUUCACCGACAUCGUCAUGGAAACGGGCAUUUUUUAAAUAAAACUUUUCAAAUGUGUAAAUAAUUUAAUAUAUUAUUUUACUCUAUGGUUUGGGUCACACAGUACAUAAAAAAUGACGAUACUCUUCAUUAAAUACUGUAUUAAAUAAGCGAUACCCUAUCUAGGGCCAAUUAUAUAAUAAUAAUUUAUUAAGUAAAAUUACAAAAUAAAACACUAAACUAAGGCUAUAGACUUACAAUACAGUGGUGAACUUGUACUACUACAUUAUUAAAGAAGGAGCAUACACAAACAGAGAAUAAAUGUUAAUAUACAAAUUAUACAAAUCUUAUUUCUCGUAUCGUAAAAGCAAAACUCUCUUGUAACAGACCAAUCUCUGAUCUCAACUCUUCUAUCGUCUGUUCAUCUCGAUAGGCGUAUAAAAAGCCUUUUUUAGAGACAUGUCUGGAAAUGAGUUUGGCAUUGUAUAAGAACCUCCACCAAUCUCAGACAUUCUAAAGAUUUCAACUUCGAAAGACUAUAGAUUGUUUUUACUUUUAGACAGGGUUAAGGGAGACUAUUUGUAAUUAAGCUACACCACGCCGAAGUGAAAAACUUGGGGUCAGCUUAAGUUCAUGCACAAGAAAAGAUGACGUAAUCAAGACGCAUAUAAAUCAAAAUGAAAAUCAAUGUAUUAAAAAAAACAAAAAAACUAACCGCAUUCUACGAUACUCCAAAAAUUUAUACUUAUUUUAAAAAUGUCCUAAAUUGACAUAUUUUCCAAGAGAUUAUUAAUCGUCUAUAUGGCUGGAAAGAAGCAUCCUUGCUCUAAUUAAACAAAUAUUUACUUCUCUUAAAAUGUAAUUACUCUAUAAUAUUGUUUUAAAAAUACGAUACAUAUCCUUUUUCUAGAUUUUUGUGUGUAUUUUUGUUUUCAAGAUUAUAUAUGUGUUCCUUACCAGCUUCAAGCACUUUACACAAUGAUUAACUUUUGUUUAUUCCUUAUUUAAGAGGGAGGAUGCUGAAAAGCGUUAUGUGCAUCUAUCAGAAAGAAUAUCGGAAAUGGGUAAUUUAGUGUUGGUUUAAUUAUUUCAAUUAUUUUUUUGUUGAAAAUAAAGACUAUUUAAAACUAAAAGUUUCUUGAUCAUAUCCCUACACAUCAACAUCCCAUGAAUAUACAGAUUAAGGCUUUGACAAACAUAUUCAUUUUUAAUGUUUAAUAUAUUUUUUUUUUAAUGUUUACGCACACUUCUUUUUAUUUGUUUAAAAAUUAGUCUAUGUUUUUCCUUUUCACAGAAUCGAAACCUUGUCUCCCAGAGGUCGGAUUCUACGUCUCUGGUUAUUUCAAUCUCACCGUUGGAACUUACAUUUUCAAACAAUUUAGAGCUGUCCACGAUAAAUAUAAAAUCUACUUUGAAGAACGAUCCGGGAGACUCAAAAUCCCAUUUACGGGCUUGUAUUUGAUCAGCAUUCGUGCUGAACUUGCUAAAAAUAACAGCAUUGCAGUUCAAUAUAUUUGGGAAUACCCUUUGUGGUGUAUUUCCGAAGAUAAUACAGACGAAUGUUUGUGUAGAUUAACAGGAAACCAACCAAUUACUGUUUGUUGUCAUCUGAAGGCUGGCGGGGAUGUCUUCUUGAAAAUGAACAUAAGGGAAGAAAAUAGCACUUUUAUCGAUUUCUCUUGUGUUUUGAUAAAUAAAUAAGAGAGAAUAAAACAACAACACAGAUUAUAGAUACUUAUCAUAUUACAUUUAAUAUUAUAUAUUAAAUGAUAAAAUGUUUUUAUUUGUUUGUGGUUUGCCUUCGGAUCUUGACCAAAUUCGACAAACGUUUCUUUCGUUAAUCAAAAUAAAAUAUCCUUGUUUUUUUUUGUUGUUAUUUUACAUCUUGUAAAUAAUACGUUCGGGACCUUGAGGCCCAUAAAUCCCUUUUUUUUUUCCUUGCAUCAUUUUCAUAAAUAAAAGAUCAAGCUUGGGAGUGUGCAUUGGUGGAUUGAUCUAGAGCAAACUUAGUAAACAUGCACAUGAUCAUCCAUAUUUAAAUACCUAAAGGCACUAAGCUUAUAAUAUCCACUCAAACGGAAAGUUGGGCCCCAAUUUAAUUUAACCAUUUUAUAAGCUACACAUAAGUACCAGAAGCUACGAAUUAAUAUGGGAAAGAAAAAAUAAUGAAUUUUUAUUACUUUUUUUAAAAACUAUUUUAUAUGGAGUGAGUGUAGGCCUUUGAGGGAAAAAGUCUAAAUAUAUCUCAGGUUUAGUCAGGGAAUGAGCUCCAACCCUUCAGUUUGGGGUGAUAUGUGUUUGAACUAUACAACCGAUCCAAUCUCUUGACCAAUUGAGCUAUUUUAAGAAUUAAAAUCCAAAUCAAAAAGAGAGAACUACAAAAAAUGUUUGUUUAAAAAUAUGUUUUGGUAAAUUAAUUUGAUGAAAGAUGUAAAAUAAUUAUUUUUUUUUAAAAUAAAAAGUAUGGUUGAAUUUUCAAGAAUG